AUGAAGGUCACUCUUUCCUCCUUCAUCGUGGCCAUCGGUCUCUCUUCGAUGACCAUUGCCUCUCCUUUGCACCGUGCCGUCAGACGUCAAGAGGAUGGACAUUCUUCGAGUACUGCCCCCGAGUCUGUGUACCACUUUGGUAUCUGGCCUCAUAAUCAUACCAGACCUCAUAAACCUACGGGCAGCCAUACGGGCAGCCCUACUACCGAUACUGGCAUCCUAACGGUUCAAACCCAGACCUCAUUAACCCAAACCGGCCCGACACUGGUCAAUCGUGAUGACGCCACUACAUCCCCAUCUCCAACUACCGUCUCCGACUUUCGUCCCCGCAAGUUCACCGGUUUCGACACCCACAAAUUCACCGGCAUCCCCCCUCCCUCGGUAACCUGGACUCCUCAGAGCGGCAGCCACACUCGCUCUGCCCACACAAGGCCCAUCUACAGCGGUACCUACAGACAUAUACCUCCUCCCCCAAAGCCCACCGGCCCUAUCGCCUGUGCCCUUGGGGAGUCUGACUCUGACGAUGUUUUAUUCUUUGCCAAGAAGAAACACAAGGAAGCCACCAAGCACGCCUCCCAGUCCCACUUGAACCGCAGAGAAGAAUCUGAAGGACCUUGGGUCGGCGAAACGAUAGUCAUACAAUCCACUUCUCAACCUCCCAAACCACCAACAACCACUUCCUCACACCCUCCUCCUCCCCCUCCGCCUCCUCCUCCUCCCAGCAGCAGCACAACCACCGCCCCAACCGCCACCCUAACUUCCAAAGCCAUAACCCCGCCCACAAUCGAGUCCAAAACCCCCGUCUGCCCCUCCGCAGGUACAGCAGGCACCAACAACAACAACAUCUGGUGUCUAGGCGGGCAGACCUUCUACCUCGAAUGCGACACCGACCACCACGGCGACGAUUUCGGAUCCGUCAACCUGGUCCCCCAGAACUGGGACAUGUAG